CGGAUAGGGGUGCAUGUUGCAAUAAUACCUCCAUGCAACGAGAUAUUUUAUCCAGAGGACCAGUAACAUACGACAAACGACAAACGACAAACGUCUUGUGCAGCAGCUCCUACCAUAUAAAAUUACCAGAGAGGUCGGGAGUGGGGAAAUACUUUGGUUAGCAGUCGUAUUUUGCAGACAAUGGACGGAUAUUUUAUCUGCGGGCCACCUCGGAAUUGGAGGAAGGAGCUGCUCAAAUUCUGUCCCCGUCCCCGUUAUGACCGUGUUAUUGGCCAAUGGUGUGAAGAAUGCAAAGCUCUACCCACUCAGAGUCUCUUAAUUCAACCUCCUUCAUAUGACAGUGCAUCGGUGAUUGAUGGCAUGUUAACGCCUGAGGAAGAGGAACCUUUGUUUGGAGCUGAUCGUUUAGAGUGUCCACGGCUUAAGCGUCGUCGACCAACACACUGUACAUCCUGUCAUGGAAUCUGUCGUCAAAGAACAGACUGCCAGCCCUGUUGUCAGAUAAAAGACUGCAAAUUCUGCCCAUGGGAAUCAUUUCUUUUAGAUCCUUCGUUGCAGACCAUUUCUGUAGAAUCUGCUAAAUUUCCCUUCCUGAUGGUUAUCAAACCUGGAAAGAAAGCAUGCUUUUUGCAAAACUUGGUCUUACCUGUACAGGUGGAAUUGAAGCACCGGGAGAUUACGCCCUUUUGUGGUAACUAUAGGAGCAUUUAUGACCAGAUAAAGAGGGCCCCCCAUUGUUGUUUCUUUUUCCGCUGCUUGUAUUCUAGAAAAUCCUGGAUGUUGCUUUACGAGAGACAUCCUGCGUGCUGCCGUAAAUUAUCUGUCUUGCUAUUGUUGAACCCUCUUAUAAACCAAAGGAUCGAUCUUCCUGUCAUUGGCCAAGUCAUGGUCAUUCAAGCCGCAUUUUCUGUAUCUGAUGUAAAUAAUGUGAAUGCUUCUCCUGAUUGUGUUUUUGCUAUUGUGAAUGAAGCUAAUUGUGAUUAUUCUCAUAGUGGCAAGUCUGACAUAUUUUUGGCUAUGUGGCGUCCUGGGUGGAAGAAAUGGGAAUUCUGUAAGGCUCAAUAUCCUCAUCUGUCUCUUGACAACUAUAUUGGGAUGGUGUUUUGCGGAAAACGAGUUCGUUGCUUCACUGUAGAUGGGUGGAUGUAUGUUUUUGACUUGAAUGGUGAUGAAUACUCCUGGGGGCUUUUGAGACAUGUCCACGACCCUGAUGAAGACGUAAACAAAGGUUUUCAUAUUGUAGUUGAUGACAGUGAUGACAGUGGGCGUUUAAUGCUUACUAGAGCAGGUGGACAUAGAUCAUACUACUUCACCAUCAGUAAAGAUAGUAACGAGAUACUGAAAAUUGUAACUUGGCUAGAUGAGGCAGGCAAGACAGUUUACCACUUUUACAGGUUGGAUCGGCUGGAGUUGGAAUGGAUUAGGCUGGGUGAUGGUGAGUGGAUGGAUAGAAGUUGGUUCUUUACUGGUGAGUUCGUCUUUUCUACAGCUGUAAUUGGAGGAGCUAAGAUAUUCAGAAAAUCGGAUGCUCCAUCUGAAAGAGACAGGGUGAAGUUUAUCUGUCAUGAUUUGCUCAGAAAUUCUAGCCAUAGUCUUGUUGGAGAUUUCAUCCGUGGAAGUUCUUGGGUUUGCCUGGGGUAUUGAACAUUUUCUUUGACAUUGGCUACCAGUUUAUUUUGGUUAAUCUUUGACUUUUAAACCGUCUGUUGAUCAUAAAGUUCCCCUACGUCUUGAACUCCAUUCUGUCAUAAUGUUCCGAUCUCAUUUUUGUGUUCAUAUCCUUAAUUCAUUAUGUGCUGCUCUAACUAUACUGGUGGGAUUGGGAGCAUAGAGAAGGGGUUUUCACUGUUACUGAUUGUACCACUAAUAAUAUGGAAUGCAGAUUCAAUGAAACCUCUCAUCCCAAUUUUUCAUCUCUGGAAUGCCUUGCCAAUUGGGACUAUUUUAUUGCACC